GGCAUAGCGGAGGAAACGCGUCAAGAGGAGAUCGGCGCUGCGCCUGGCGGUCGUUGGACGAGCAGACCCGUCCUUGGUGCGGGCGAGGAGGAACAGGCAGGCCCGUUGCCUUUGAGGGGCGAGGAGGAAUCGUUUCUGCGUAACGAAGACAGGUCAGGCUUGGAUGAUAAUCUCGAG